AUGUCUUCCCACCUGGACAACAUCCCCCAGGCGGUCCAGAUAGCAGCGUCCACAGGCCCCAGUGUCGACCCCCAGCUCAAAGAGCAAGCCCUCGCCUACCUCAACAAGGUCAAGGAGCUCUGCGAAGAAACCUGGCAGGACUGCCUCUCCCUCUACCUCCAAGGAGCCGGUGCAGAAGCGGGAGGCGUCGGCAAGGAUGGCAAGCCCAAGCUGGGAACGGAGUUGCGCCUAUACUGCGAGCAGGUAUUCGAAACAGCGCUGCUAAAGGGUGUACUCUCGGCCGAGUCACUUCAGUCCACCUACCAAGCCCUGCUCAACUUUGUCAAUGCGGAAUGGGUCGACGGGCACCGUGAAGGAGGCCAGAAAUUCUUCCGCAACAAACUCUCCUUCGACAUUGCCCACCUCUUUAUCGCCUCUUACCCCACCCACAUCCCCUCCUUCCUUCACCCCUUCUUCACCCUCCUCCAAAGCGAACAAUCCGACUCGAUCCUCCUCUCCAUCCACAUUCUCAACGAAAUAGCGCUCGAAAUCCACGACUCGACCAUAAAAUCAGCUCGGCCAUGGUCAAAAGACCGUCAAGAACGGGAUGGCAAUAUUCGAGAUGUCAUCCGGUCUUCCGGGGACGAGGCUCUAGCAGUCAAGGGGUUGUUGGGAAUAGCAGACAAGGCGUUGACUCGGGGAUGGACAGAAAUCGCCGAGCUGGCCAUGAAAACUCUGGGAGCUUGGACCCCCUGGGUGGAUCUCGCCGUCUCCCUUACCCCCGACACCCUCGCCUUCUACCGUCGCCUCCUCUCCACACCAGUCCAAAUCUCCUCCUGCAACGUACUCAAAACGCUGGUCAACAAGGGCGUCAAGGAUUCGGCAGCCAAACUACAAGUCCUCAAAGUGCUGGACAUUUUGAGCAUCGACAUGACCACCGAGGAUGUCGCUUUCAGGGCUGCGCUCGCUGGAUUAUUCGCUGCGUACGGGACGACCCUAGUGGAGAUGUGGGAAAACGAGGAUAUCCCGGAUGAGCACCGUCGAGAAGCCGAGGCGAUGGUCGAUCAAUGCCGCCCAUUACUAUUGCGCUUGAUGUCGGAUCCACAUACCGACAUCCCAUACGCCGUCGGUCCCUUCGUCAGCGAUCUGCUAAAAGUGUACAAACGCCUUCACACCGUCAAGCUCCCUCCUAUCCGCUCUGGAAAGAUGCUCCCUCCUGCCGGCCCCACCACACCCCUGCAAGACCUCCCCGCUGAGCGUCGCGACUUCCUUGCCGCCCUCCUCGACGUCAGCGUUCGACAAUUAGCCUGGCCCGAGGACGCCGAGUGGGAAGCGCCGACCGGGGAAGAGCCCGACCCCGACGACGACCUUGCCAUGCUCCAGCUCAAGCGAAUGAUGUGUCGCACGUAUAUCGAAUCCAUCGCGCAGAUCGACCGGGUAAUGCACCAAGAAAUCGUCGCGCGCAUCGUCAUUGAAACGCUCAACAAUGUGCAAAGCGCCACCUGGCAGCAGGCCGAGCUUGCCCUGCAUCUGGUCUAUACCUUUGGCGAAUUGGCGAAAAACAACACGCGCGCAGCCUUUUUCGACCUCCCCGCUGAACUCGCCACCAAGACCGGGCGGGACCGCCUCCACAGGAUCAGCAUCAACAGAAUGCAAGACAUCCCCAUCGACGAUCUCGCCGAACCCAUCCCUGGCGUCUACUAUGGCGGAAAGCCCGACAAAAUCGACUAUGAACAAUACCCCAUGACCCUCCUCGGCAAACUUCUGGAUCUCUGCAUCCAGAGCAACGUCGCGGCCUUCCCACACCCCAGCGUCACCCUCCAAUACUUUGAAAUCGCCGUCCGCUAUGUCGACUUUUGGCGAUCCAAGCCAAAGUCCAUCCAGCCCAUGCUUGAGGCUAUGCUCCACGGAAUCCAUCACCCCGACGAGCUAGUCAAGCGGCGGUGUUUCUACUUUUUCAGCCGCUUCGUCAAGGACUGCAAGUCUGACCUCGAGCCGGAGGCUAUUCCCAUCAUCCUCGAUAGCAUGCGCGAUCAAAUGAUCAUCACUGCCGACCUUCCCCAUGUCGCCCCAGACGAAGACCCCCUCGUCAAGGCCACCACCGGCAAAUCCUACUUUGCCGAUCAGCUGUACCUCUUUGAAGCAGCCGGCAGCUUGGUCUACCUCACCAAGGCCGACGCCGCCAAGCAAAUCAGCCUCCUCGAGGCGAUCGCUGGACCGCUCAUGGCCAUGCCCACCGGCGAUGACAAUCUCGCCGUCCUCUCGGUCCAUCAUCACCUCCUCGCGCUCGGCAACUUUGCCAAGGGCUUUCCGCAAGUCAUGGAUACGACCGAGCUGCCGUACCAAGGGCCGUUCAAGCAAAUGACCGAGGCGUUGUUGCAGGCGCUGGAAGGGAUGAAGACGCAGCGGAUUGUCAGAGACUCAGCGCGCUACGCAUUCUCACAAUUCGUCAAUGCCAUCGGCACGUCCGUCGCGGAACUCGUCCCUCUCUUUGUCCAAAAGGUGGUCACCGAAUUCGAGCCCGCCGAGCUCAUCGAUUUCAUGACCUUUCUCGGUCUCCUCAUGCACCGCUUAAAGCGAAACACCUUUGAAACCAUGAACAUGCUCCUCCUCCCCCUCCUCUCGCGCAUCUUUGCCGUCCUUCAACAACCCAUCACCGGCACGGACGACGCCUCCAUCCACCGCAAACUCAAAGAAUCCUACCUCUCCUUCUUCAUCGCUCUCAUGAAUGCCAAUCUCGACGGCGUCUUCAUCUCGGAAACCAACAAGCCAGAAUUUGAAAACCUCCUCAACGCCCUCCUCAUCCUCGCUACCGACAGCACCGACUUUACCUCCCAACGCCUGGCGUUCUCCUUUUUCGCCAAGUCGGUCGUCGCGUGGGGGACCUCGGCGGCAGAGUCGGUCUUUGCCGAGACGGCACUGAGCGAGAAGAGCAAGGCGAUCGCUACGGGGAUCGCUUCCGCGACCAACCAACAUGCCAUACCAAAGUCGGAGCGGGCGGCCCAGGCACUGCCGGGGUACGAGAAUUUUGUCUAUCAACGUCUCGUCCCGGCGUGCUUUGCAGUCCCCGCUUCGCCUUCAUUCAAUCUACGCAGCGGUCAGCCGGUUGUUUUCGAAAUCUCAAUGCUCCUUCGCAACACCGUCCAGGCGCGAGGCCAGGAAGCCAUCGACUUUCUCGCCACAGACAUGCUCCCCCGUCUCAACUGUCCCGCCGACUAUACCAACCAACUCAUUCAAAGCAUUCGGACAGAGCCGUCGAAAGAUUUUAGAAAGACGUUUGCAGACUUCUGCAAGGCACUGAGAGGCUAG